AUGGCCACAGGAGACGUGAGGGCUGCCGUGGCGGCCCUGGAGUCUACACUGAGAUCACUCCGCUUCACAACUCUUGACGCUGCUGCCGCGGAGGCAGGCAGCCCGGCGCCCCUGCUCCCCGCCCUGGAUUACCUGCUGCUGCGCUGCAGUAAGCACGUGGCGCUGCUGGUGGCACAACAAGGCUUGCAGCUGCACGGCAAGAGCGACUUGAGGUUUGUGGAGGGCGUGUUCAAGUUUGUGAGGGAUGCGCUGGGCAUCCGCUCGCCGCUGACGCCAGCGCAGUUCCUUUCCGAGGGCUUUGCGGAGCGCAAGGUUCUGCUGGUGCAGAGCAUCGCCAAGGCCUGCAAGGAGCACCACAACGCGGCGGCGAGGAUGGAGCGGCUGGCAGCGCUUAAGGGCCAGCACACCGAGCAGCGCCUGUGCGCACCAGCUGCGGCACCGCCAGAGCAGCAUCAGCUGGCGCAGGAGCAGCCGGGGCAGCCAAAGGGGCGCGCCAGCCGCGGCAGGUGCAGCAGCAUACCCCUGCCUCCGCCGCUGCCGCAUGUGCGGGUGGUGAGCGAGCACCUAAAGGCGCCUGCAGCAGCGGCAGCGACAGCAGCAGGAGAGCUCUCCAGCGCAAGACCUCAUGGGCUGAGCAGCGGCGACGACGGCGACUCUCAGAGCGGUUCUGAUGCUGUUGCUGCGGCUGUGACUCCAACCUCUGUAGUGGCGGCAGCAGGCGCAGCAUGCCAACAGCGCAGCAAGCAGCAGUUGAAGGCAGCGCCAAGCCAGCUGGCCCCUGCCGCAUCACCCAUCGAGCAGCCUCGCUCGCUGCCGCCCUCCCUGCUGCUGGCGCAGCGGCAGGCUGACAGUUGCACAGGAGGCAGCGAUGGCUGCACAUGGGCGCAGCCGGGGCCAGGAGGCCUGCAGGAGGCAGCGGCAGGGUAUGCAGCAGCGGGCGGUCUGCAGGCAGCAGGAGCGCAGCAGGCAGGCGCAGCUGGGCAGCCAGCGCCGCCGCUGUGCAUGGCGGUCCAAGCCAUGCAGCAGCAUCCGGCAGUGGCAGGCCUGCAGGGUGCUGCCAGCGGCUGCGAGCAGCAGACGUGGCGGCUUAUACAAGACCUGCAGCUGCGGCUGGGGCUGGCGGAAGAAGCCAGCGCUGCCGCCAGGCAGGAUGCGCAGCAGGCACGGGAGCAGCUGCAGGCGAGGGUGACGGUGCUGGAGGGGCGGGUGCGCUUCCUUGAGGCGGGGUAUGAGCUUCGGCCGUCUCAGCAGCAGCUGCAGCUGGCUUGCGACAUGCAGCUCGGCCAGCCACAGCCCGCACUUCAAUUGCCCUGGGGCGCUGCCGCGCGGCCGCCGGGGCAGCUGGGGCCGCUGGCGGGCGGUGGGCAGCACACGCGGCUGAACCCCCUGUACGACCAGCAGGCCUCCUCCUCCUCCUCAGCAGCAGCAGCAGCGCCAGUGCCUGCGGGAGCUGCUGCGCCCCCCAGCAGCAGCAGCAGCCAGGCGCCUGCUGCAGGGGGGAUCCAGUGGCCGCUGCCGGCUGCACCUGCUGGGCCCGCUGGGCCUGCUGUGCCUGCUGCGCCUGCUGCCGUGCCAGCGGAGCGCAGCUACGGCAGCACCGUGGAGCUCAUCAGCGGCAUGCAGGCCCGCUUCUCGGAGGCCCAAGACUUCCUGCUCAGCCUGCGGCGCCUGUGA